AUGGCAUUACCGAAUUUGAAGUGUUUGAUUGCGCGAGAGAAUCUUCACCAAGUUGGCACUUUGAUCUUUCUUCAUGGCGAAAAAUUUACCGCUGAGACGAUGAGAAAAUAUCUUAAAACUAUGUUUCACAGAGAGUUCGAGUUCGAUCACAUUCGAGUUAUUUAUCCCCAAGCCCCAGAGAUCCCUUAUCGUGUUCCCCUUGGCGGUACGCGAAAGGGAAUGUGGUACGAACAAAUCUCAUACAGUCCGACAGCAGGGGAGAGGAAGGAUUCAAUCAAUUACACAUGCAGUCUUGUUAGGCAACUAGUGAACUUAGAAAAGUCCCGUGGAAUUGGACAUGAGAAGAUUAUAAUUGGUGGAUUGGACAUGGGAGGAACCAUCGCUAUGCACGUAGCUUACAGGUACAAACGCUAUUUAGGACUUUUAGGUUUAUUGUCUGUCAACCUCUGGCGGUUUAUUUGAGUGGUGUCCUGACUGAUCUCGUAACGUCGGCUUUGUUACACCCAUUUGUAGAUAUCCAAGAGUGGGGUUGGUGUGGAGGGUGUAAUUUGCAGGUUGCCAGUCAGAAUUUGUUAUGAGACACAAGGUCACACUGGAAGCGCUUAAGCUUAAAAUAAUGGUAGUUCCAAAAGGACAAACCUUGAGACACCAUGACGAUCCGUUUAUGGAAAUAUUCCAGGGUAGAGGAAGUGGAAGUGGGUGAAAAUGGCGUUAAAAGACAUUUCUUGCACCAGAAGUAGGUUCAGUCCUCUCUGGGUGUCUGGAUAUGAGUGAGGUUUUCCUAAAGAAUAAUAAAAAUCAGACACCGGCAGUUAAAGGGGCUAUGUCACCCCAGGUGCAUGCGCAAGCCAAUGAAAACAAACUUGAAAAUGUCAACCAACUUUUUCAAGGUCUGUCAGAUAUUUUGGAAACCUGUUUUAUCUGUUAAAAUAUCAGCCAAUGCCAUUGUUUAAUAGUUAACAAAUUUUUUUAUUAAGGAUCAUUCUAUGGUGAGUACAGAAAAAGUUUCUUGCAUUAUUUUUGAAAUUGUUUGGCAUUGGAAUUUAUUUACAUGGAUUUAUAGUGCCCUCUUAUCACUGGCCGUUGUACUGGCAGAGAACUAAUGAUGGCUACUCCGCAAUGAGUGAUGGAAUCUUAGAAAGAAUCUUCUGUAUGGUUAAGAUGUAAGAUAAAACUUUGAUUUAUUUUGUUGACUACAACAAUAUGUUGUUGUUGAAUUUUUGUUUGCGCUCUGUUUUGAUGAAUGCCAUGUGUUUUUACUUCAAACUACAAGUAAAAUUGUCUUAGCACUUCUAUUCUUGAGGAGUAAAUUGAGGGAAUUUGAUCUAGCAUUACCAGAGAAGAAACGUUCCAUAAAUUCUAUCAAAAUAUCCCUUAUCCAAACCAAAUUCGAUUGUAAACAUCUGUAAAUUUUGGAGCCUUGGACGUGACAGUGAAAGUCAUGCGUUAAAAACAAUCGAAUUGUGACACUUGAAAGUAAUUUGCAUAGCCCCAGCACACAUGCUCUCCAGCUGACAUAGCCCCUUUAAGAUCCAAGGAACAUCAGAAGGAGGUGGAGGGAUCCCUAUCUUUUUAAUAGCAAAAACCAAUCGUCACGAUGUCAUGAAAAUCCAUUUGCGGGUUGAAAUUUGUUCAGAAUUAAACACAAUAUUUUCUACUUUUGUAUUUGUUGUUUGAGACCAAUUAGUGCUUGACUGUGGCAUAGAUUUGAAUGAGAGGGAGUUGACAUUACCUACAUUGCACAGCACCUGUCCUUAAACUGAAUUAAUACUGGCUUUGUUCAUACAACGUCUUUUUCGUUUUAUCUUUAAAUUUAACUCUUAAAUUCUGACCUGCAACCUGCAAAUAACACCCCCUGGGAUUAGUGGUGGGGGGGGGGCUGAUAGCCUCCCACACUGGCGUUUUUAGGGGAGCUCGUAUUUCUUCCCUCCCCACAAACGCCUGCUCAACGGAAAAAAGGUUAUGCAGUGCACGGAGUAUUCUGAAUUUUGACUAAUUUUUAUUUUUUGCCGCUCUGAAUCUAACAUUUAUUGCAGGUCAGAAAGCUUUCCCAGUGUUUAAUGCAGAUUGAGUAAUUAUCAGAUUACCUUGCGGUCAAGGUCAACUUUCCAGAAUUUGGAAAGUACAGUGUGAUUGGCUAAGCUUGGGAAAGGAAUGUUAUCUUCAGUUGAGCAGGCGUUCGUGGGGAGGGAAGAAAAACGAACUCCCUAAAAACGCCUGCGUGGGAGGCUAGGGGGCUGACGCAUUGUUACUGAACAGUAACUGACAAUGAACUUGAAAUAUGCAGAAAUUUUGGCUAUUGUUGUCCACAAAAAUAUGACAAUACCCCUGAAUAAUGAGAGGAGUUAGCGAAUUGUAGCCCUUACUUCUCUGUCUUUCAAGUUAUCAAUAAUCUUGAAACUCAAGACUUUUAAAAAACGAUGGUAAAUCUCGAGAAUCUUAAACCAAAAAAUCGUAAGAGCCACAAAUGUAAACCAGUGGAAAAAUACUUCAGUGCUACAUUGGUACAAGAAUUUUCCAGACAAGCGUGACUCAGCUUUUAUAUGCUUUGAUGUAGUGGAGUUCUACCCCGUUCCAUAACGGAAACAGUACUUAAACCGUUGCCCUUGACUCAGCGUCAAAUUACGUGACCAUCUCAGCUGAUGACGGCCAAACAAUCAUACAUGCCAAACAAUCACUCAUUUUUAGCAACGGAAAUCCAUGGCAAAGGAGAAAUUCCAGCACACUCUUCGAUGUCACUAUAGGAAGAUACGACGGAGCAGAAAAAUCCGAAUUGGUUAGGUGCUACCUCCUUUCUCAGCUUAAACAAAUACCUGACAUCGACGUCGGCCUUUGCCGUGACGGCAGACUGGUAGUUCUCAAACAGAGACCCGAAAAAUAAAGAAAGUGAAGAAAUCAAUAUGCAAAAUAUUCGCCAAAAAGAACUUGAAAAUCGCUAUGGAAGCCAAUAAAAAAAAAUGUUAACUUCCUUGGGGUAACCCUGGACUUUAGCACUGAAAAAUUUAAGCCAUGUUCGAAACCAACAACUAACCCACUCUAUGUGCACAGAAAUAAAUCAAACCAUCCGCCGAACAUAAUCAGAAAUAUUCCCGAAGCAAUAAGCAGAAGGCUAUGCGACAUUUCAUCUGACGAGGAUGUAUUCAACGAAGCAGCACUCCCAUACCAGGAAGCAUUACGUAAGAGCGGUUAUUCCUACAACCUUAUGUUUAACCCCGCACCGGAAAGACCACCGAACCAAACGAGAAGGCAGAGAAACGUGAAUGUAAUAUGGUUCAACCCACCAUUGAACAGAAAUGUCCAAACCGGAAGAGUUUUCAUCCACCCAAUUGACGGAUGUUUCCCCACCGGGCACAAAUUGAGAAAAAAACUUAAUAGAAAUACUAUCAAAUUAAGCUACAGUUGUAUGCCAAACAUGAAAGAGGUCAAAGACGGUUAUAACAAAACCAUCUUAAAGAAAACCGCACAACCUGAACAAGAGCAACCCCCAAAAGAUAGGCAAGCGAAUACACAAACCUAACUAAACGGUGUAAUUUGUGUAUUUCCGAGAAAUUUUUUAAUAUAACGAAACCUCAAAUGGCGACCCUGAACAACCGUAAUGAACUGGUAUCAACAUACAUUCUGUCGAACAUUUAACUUCUCCAAUAAUUAACUUUGGUGAGGGGAACAUGGGGGUUUACGUAUUGCGGUAUUGGGCUUUUUUUCAUGCGGUAUUUCGGUAAUUUUAAUUUUAACGUGCGGUAUUGCGGUAUCGUCUAGCCUUGCGGUAUGCGGUAUUUCAUCAUUUUGGCUGACGGUAUUCGGUGAAAUAUGAUUGUUUACGGUAUUGCGGUACGGUUGUUUGCGCUUUCCUUUCGAUACAAUACGCAAAACAAAACACAGUAAGACAUAAAGGUCAAGAAAAGUUAAUAUUUAGAAGUCUUUAGACAUAAUGGUAAAUGAUUACACCAUUUGUGGGUCAUUUUGUGACAGUUAUUAAAUGGUCGAUAAUAAUAGGUCAAGAUACAAUGAGAUUGUUGUUGCAUCCAAUGACAAUGAGUUGUCUGAAGUUACCUUACCAGGCACGUGUGCCGGUAAUUCGAGGUCUUACACGUUUUCUCACGAUGGCUGAGGUCGCUUUGGUUCAAGACGGUCAAGACGGCGAACUCAUCAUUGACUGCGUUGCAAUUUUUUACGAAGAAGGCAAAGGAGGGGAAAAUUAUCGCAAGAAAAAUAAAUUUCGAUGCCGGGUUUCAAGUACAGAAAAACGGCUUGUAAAGUUAAAGGAGAGGAUUUGGUAAGUUUGCUUCUUUAGUUCUUACAGUUGCGGCGUGUGAAAUAGGUCAGAUAGUCGAGAUAGGUGACUCAAAACUCGCACUAGACGUGUGUGGAAAGGGUUUUGGUUGGUUUGUUUUUUGUUUUUGUUUUCAAGCUUUCAAGAGUUAUUUCAAUACGAGUUAAUUAGCUGUUGGAUCGACCUAUAAGACCCUAUAACCAGAAUUGUCUGUGAGCUAGGUACUCGCAGUUUGCCAGGAAGGUCAGGAAGCCGUUUAGUCCAUUUGAAGUUUAGUCGUUUAGUUUAGUCCAUUUUCUCACGGAAAAAUAGGGAACUGUGAACAGUCUAAACCGGUUGUAGUAAUAAUGACGCCAUCAUGCAAAUGCCCCUUAGAAAACCGUUUUAAGGUAAGAGAAUUGUUAUUCACUAUUAGGACUGUAUUAGAGAUCACGCCUCACUGUAUGCUUUUCGUUUUGUAUACUCCUACCAAAAGGUUGAACGAAUGAAGUUUACUUUUCAGUGAAUUGCGAAAAAUUUGCGAACUACCAAAAUAUUAAAAAAAAACAUGGACAUCUUUGUGCAUAAAUGCCUGAGAUAAUUAAACGCGAUAGAUGGAAGCAACCAUAAGUAUGCGGAACCGAUUAUAAAUGUAAUUAAAAUAUGCGGUAUCGGUAUUUAGUCGAUUUGCGACGCGGUAUUUCGGUAUUUGCCAUUUUUUCGUACGGUAUUGCGGUAUUGGGUACCCCCCAAUGUCCCCCUCUUUGGUAUAUACCGUAUUUAUUCGAUUAACCGCCCUCGGCGCUUAUUAAAUUUUUGGACCUUGAGAGUGGGCGCUUAUUCGAGGCUGGGCGCUUAUUAAAUUUUCACCAUUUUCAGCAAGUGUAGUAUGUUUAUUUUGCAACAAAACAAUAAAUGCUAAUAACAAUACGCGAAGAAGUAACAAGUCAAGGUUUCUGUAAAAUACCUUGAAGAAAACUCCGUCCUCGGGGAAGUCUCUUAGUAGAGGGUUUUAGAUCCGAGUUUACCACGAACCUCUAACCGCGAUUUACGAUUACCCGUUUGCGGUUCGACGUUCAAACAUAAUUCGAUUUAGAUUGGCGGUGGAUUAAAGAAGUGGAUUCUGGUUUAUUUUUCCAUUUAGAAAUAGAAGAAAAAUCAACCAGUGGAAAUAAAAGAAAUUUACGGUAACACUGGGUUAUCUAGCAGCAAAGAGCUGUAAAUUUUUACAUUAGUUCUUCUUGCAAUUUUACGGCCGCCAUUUUGAAUCACCAGCCAUGAAUGGCACUUGUUUUCAAGAUCUAAUAGGAUUUAUCAAAUUUAGUAUUUCGCCCGAAUUUGUGCCUCUGUUAAUGGAUAAAGACUUGCUCCACAAGAUUGUUGUAUCAUUACGUGGGAUAAAACAAGAAUUAUACGCUAAAAGCUAUCAGGUAAAUGACAUACGUGAAAACGCACGUCGUAAACCUCAAACGUGACGCGAAAGACUUGUCACGUGACCUCCAACGGUUAGAGGUUCGCGAUAAACUCGGAUCUAAAACUCUCUAUUAAUUAGUCCUUAUUCAAUUUCAAUUUCAAUCUCAUUGUCACUUAAGUGGGUGGGGUGGAGGUGGGCGCUUAUUUGAGUUUGAUUGGGAGGAGGGGGUGGGCGUGGGGGUGGGCGCUUAUUCGAGGCUGGGCGCUUAUUAAAUAUUUCAGCCGUUAGGAUGGGCGCUUAUUCGAGGUGGGCGCUAAUUCGAGGUUGAGCGCUUAUUAGAAUAAAUACGGUACACACGAAGUGAUCUCAUCAAAAUCAGAGAGGAAACCAUUCAGAAAAGUACGAUUUGAUUGACGGAUCAAAUCACGCGAAAGGUUAAAAAAUAAUUUUUUGACUUCUUACGGAGAUUGUUUGCUAAACACCAAACUUUUUAAAAGUUCCUAGUGUUGGAUUUUCAGUAGGUGGUCUUGAUCACACAAAAUUCGGCUUUUCUCAAUUUCAAAGUUUUUUGUUUAUUGUUGUCAUAGUAAUAUCGAUUUUAAUUAAAACUAUAUUUUCACAAAUUUCAAUCCAUGGCCAAUUACUGGUGAAAAUAUUAUAGCGAUCGGACGAGGAAAAAACCACUUUUAAGGCGAUUGAAAAAUAUCGGUAUGGCCUCUGAAAAACUGUAUCGAAACACCUUAAUAACGUUAAAAUAUUUUAUAUAAAAAUGAAUAAAUGAAUAAAAUGGUCUACAAUCUAAUUAAUCUAAAGGUAAAUUAACAAGUAGGGUCUCAAGUAUUACACAAUUUACAAUUUGAGCAUCUGUUCCCAGCUAUGAGACUUAAUAAGUUUUUCUUUUGAAUACUUGUUUUGAAAGCCGAUAAUGUGGCUAGGUCCCUGUCCUUUUUAGACAAUUUGGACUAUGAAAAUGGUGUAAGGUAUCUAAUAGAGUGUCUGCCAUAUUUUACGGUAUUGAACCUAGGAAUAAAGGAGUCUGAAUUUUGUAGGUUAUAACUAGACAAUGAUACACUAAAAAGAUCGAUAAUAUUCGCAGCUAUUAACUUAAAUUUCACUUUGUACAUGAGGAUUGCGAUAUCCUGCAGGCGCCUAUUGUAAAGACUAGUCAUCCGUGCACGCGUAAGUAACUCAUCAUAUGAUGAUCUCCAGUCGCAAAAUACAGCUCGCAGACCCGUUCAUUGACCAUCUCAAGCUUUCUCCGGUCUGAGCCUCUACAAAAGUGACAAACGAGGCUACAGUAUGUCAGAUAUGGCAAAAAUGGCGGCCUUGUAUAUUCUUAAUUUCACUUUCAUUGAAAUCAUGGUGCGCAUUCUCUUCAGGACACUUACCCGCAUACCUGCUUUCUUGCAAGCUGUAGAUAUAUGGUUACUAAACAACAAGUUCCUGUCAAUAAAAACGCCUAAAGAUUAAGUUCAUCCAUUGGCUGUACUAUAAAAGUGUCACUUUCGACGUCACUCUGAGAAUAGUAAUUUGAUAUACCGUUUUUAUUCGAAUAAGCGCUCAACCUCGAAUUAGCGCCCACCUCGAAUAAGCGCCCAUCCUAACGGCAGAAAAAUUUAAUAAGCGCCCACGCCCACGCCCACCCACUUGAGUGACAAUGAGAUUGAAAUUGAAAUUGAAUAGUACUAAUUAAUAAGAGUCUUCUCCGAGGACGGAGUUUUCUUCAGAGUAUUUAUUGUUUUGUUGCAAAGUAAACAUACUACACUUGCUGAAAAUGGUGAAAAUUUAAUAAGCGCCCAGCCUCGAAUAAGCGCCCACUCUCAAGGUCCAAAAAUUUAAUAAGCGCCGAGGGCGGUUAAUCGAAUAAAUACGGUAAUCAUUGCUUCAUAUUUGCUUGGGUUUCCCUGCAGGAAAUUCUCACUGUACCAUCUCGACGUUUGUCUUCCAUCAUUGUUGAUCACCAUUACCGACUGAUCAGGGUCUUUAUGUGCGUAGUAAAAUUGAUGGUCAUCUGCGUAUACUGAUAAAUGACUGCCUCGCUGAAUAUAGAACAGUUCAUUAUAGUAGAUAUUCCAUAGAACGAGCCCUAGUGAGGAUCCCUGAGGACAUACCCUCUUUAUUUCCUUACAACUGCUGGUCACCUUUCCUACUCUCUUCCGUCGAAAUAGGAUUUCAUUAGAUUUAAAGCCCUUUCACAAAAACCGUAAGCUUUCAGUUUGGCCAGAAGUAACGCUGGGUGCACGGAGUCAAAGGCUUUAUUUACUCAUAUCAGUUGACAAAAUGGCUACAGUCUCCCCUGUAUCCCACUCAUAUUUCCAGUCCUCAACCAGUCGUAUCAAAGUUGUUUCACAACUGUAACACUUUCGAUAUACUGACAUCGAAUUGUCAAAGAUAGUUUUCGAACUUAUCCCUCAAUUGAUAGCAGAUCAAUUGCUCAAAGAUCUUAUCCACUGCCGGUAGCAAAAUUACUGGUCUGUAAUUGGCUAUAUUUUGCAGAUCCUCUUUCUUGUACACUGGUACCCAUUCUCCUCUUUUCCCCUCCUUAGGCCAUUCUCUCUCCUGAAUUACUUGAUUAAAUACCACCGUUAGAGGUUCUGCAAUCUCAUCUGCUACCAGCUUAAGCAUUCUAGGGGACAACCCAUCAAACCCUGUUGCUUUACGAGGGUUAAUACCCCGAAGGGCGUCCAAAACUUCCUCUUUGCUAAUGCUCCUGAUGUUAAAAGUACUUGGCAUUUGUCUGUGUCUGAUCGCACUCACCCGAGGGUGUCUGUAACACUUUUCUUCAGUCAAGCAUGACGCCUCCAUUCCCUCAAUAUUGUCUGCGGUUGUAGAAAGGUAACGUGUAAAUUCCUCUUCAACUAUCUGCUUGUUCUGUUGUAGCUGUCCUUGGAUGUGUAGAGAAAUAUCAGUUGAAUCCUUGUCCUUAGCACACUUUGAGAUGAUAAAGGGCAUAAAAGUUCCAAAGAAUUUCUUAGGAUUCUUAUCCAGUUUACCUGAGACACCAUUCCAGUAAUCUUUAAUCGCCUUCCUUCUCAGUCGUGUGGCCUUGUUUCUCCAGGUUUUCAUUAGUUCCCAUGACUCUGUAGUUCGAUCCGUGCUGAAUUUCUUCGCAAACCUCCUUUCUUUCUUGUUGCUGCUUUCCAAUCUGUAUUCAUGUACGGGACAUCAUUCUUUCUUACUCUCGUCUUUUUCAUAAGCUUUCAUAGGGAGGUGUUCAGCACUUCGCAUGAAGUGCUGACAAAAAUGGCGGGUCGGUUGCUCGAUCUAAGACGACAUCUUCCUGUGGCAUUCUUUUCCUAUUUACUUGAAAGGUAGAAUUUCUGCAAAAAAAUUGCUUUCAUAAAUUAACUUCGAGUUUUGGACCUAAUAGGCCACUGGCACUAAGAGGUUUUUAUGAAAAUGAAAGUUAUAUGAUUUUGUCUUUGAAAAACGAUUAGUGGGUCAUAUCUUAAACUAAAUAAUAGUGAUUUGGUUUUUCAAACCCGCACGAUUUUCUUAAAAUAAGUAAGUUCGUAGCUGGUCACGUGACCAAAAUGUGAUUUUAAAAAUUAUGAAUUACCUCUUUCUGAACACAAAUUUUGCACUUAAGCUUCAAGGAAAAUGUUGAAAAGAUGAUAUGAUGUGGAAACGUUUACAGCACAUCUGAGCGUAACUAUCAAAUGUUUAACAAGAUAUAAGCAGAAAGUAGUUUUGGCAUUGUUUAAAGAAAGCAUUGGUCACGUGACUUCUUAGUGCAAGUGGCCUAAUUUUUGUGUUAGGAAACGCUGAGUUCACGAAACGGCCUUUUCUACGCGAAUAAACGGGAGUUGUAAAUAAUCCAUCGAGCACAAACCUCAGCUACAGUAAAUUAAAAAACGCCGUUUUCAAUCCUUCGAAGUCUUUUCUUGCAUUAGAAUUUUGUCGACUUUUAAAAGAUCGUUUUCUUUUAAAUAAAUGGAAAAAGCACCGAGCUACAUCAAUGAGAGUGUUUGCCCUUGUUGAAGUACAUAAUCACACUUGACAACAAAUUGUUUGUAACAGUAAGGUGCAAACUAGCCUGCGAAAACAUCCGUUUCUCCUCGCUCUUCGCCGCUGGGGACGUUUCGCGCGGAGGUUCUUACAUGUAGGCUGCAGUUGAGGAGAAUUAUUAAAAUGAUCGCGACUCAUGGUUAUUUAAUGUACAGUACCCUUAUUAGGACUGAAUUAUCCGUAUGAAAGUUUUCAUAGUUAUUUGUGUACAUGCAUGAAAAACAAAUACCCAUGCAAAAGUGAAUUUGUAUGAAAUGUCCACAUAGAAGUCCUUUUGAAGGUGAUCAGUUUGCAUGAGCUUGUUAAGGCAUGGUUGCCAGAGGCAUAGUCUUUUUAAAUUCUCAUACUGACAGUCAAAUGUACACUUCUCUGACCAAAUGAGUUGACAAUUUGUCCAGAUAUGUUUGGAUUCCCAAUUGCAGUCUAAACUUCGUGUACUGGACACAGACGACCUAAAACAACGGUGUUCUUUGUUUUCUGUUCAGGGCAAAUCUGCUUGCUAUUGUUUCAUGGUUUAUAUUCUUUUAUUUUAUGCCUCCUGUGUCCGGUAUACAAAAUAAAUGCCCAAACUUGAUCACAGCCAUCUUCUCCACCUAUUUAUUACAUGAAUUUAUCGUGAACUUAUAGUGCAGUUUGGAUUGAUCUUAUAGGAAACCCUAUAUCUUUUUGUCGAUUUUUUUUCUUGAAACAAUAUUCUGCCAAUGGAACAUGUUUAAUGUCUAACUUCGGUGAAUAUGUCACCUCCCUCUCGCUUCUUUGAAAGAGUUAAACUUUUCCUGACUUAUACAGAUGUCACACACUAAUAUUGUGAGGAGAUCCGAAAUAUAGAUGUUCUUUUCGAAUAUUAAAUAUGAUCGAAAAUAGAAGUCCAGCAAAAAUAAAUUUUUGUUACGCUUUGACUGGGAGGACACAGCUGUGUUUAUGUAUAAGGCUGCUAUACAUAGAUAAAUAUAUGUUAUUCACCGGCUGGGAGGCCCGUAUUGGGAGAAACUGUGCCCUAGGUCUUGAGUACCGAGAGACCUACUGAGAUUUGAAAGUUUCAGGAAAAUUUUCCUUCUCUCUCCAACCUACGUGUGUUGACGUAGGACGCGUUCGUGUUGAUGAAGAGCGCGAUCCAUCCCAAAACAAAACAUUACAACAUGAUUUUUGUAGAAAGAGCUAGUUACACAUACCAAUUUGAAGGUUUUGAAUUGAAUUCGAAUGAAAGAAGGCGAUGUGAGUAACAAGUUAUAAACAAAGAAAUGAAAAGGGCGAUAACCGACUGCUGGAAAAAUGAUUUGACAUUGAAAACAACGGCAGAAUCUAGAUUCUUACAGCAAAAAUGGAAAACAAAACCCCAAGCAGAGCAAAACUGUCCAAUAAACAGUGCAUAAAAGCAAGAUUGCAGUACUUAGAGCGUUGUUAUAAAGCUAGUGAAGCGACAUCACGAGCCACCUGUUUUGCUUUACUUUAACGGUUUUCCUCGCCGACUUGCUAGAUUCUAACUUCAGAUUUUUUGUCUGAAUAAUACAAUUCACUAUUCCCAGCUAAUGCUCAUAAUAGCGCAAGUUUUAAAAGAAAAAUGGUUUGAAAAUGACGGUUUUUGCUCAUACACAAACAACAAACAAACUUGUGAAUGAAGCUGCCAACGAUUCCGCCCGGGUUAGCGGGCAAUGGAUCGGUUCGGUCCAACCGGAAAAGUUUCGAAAAAACGGGUCCACCUUUUGAGGUGGACCACUUUUCCCGGUCGGACCGGUUGGAAUUUUGGUUGAAUUGAUCGCGCCCCAGAUUGCAGGAUUUGGAGGAUUUCGCCCGCUCGCAAGCUUGGGAAAAAAUAACAUAUUUUACUUGGUAUGGUUUUGGGGAUUAAAUGUAAUCAAAACUGUAAACGAACAUUUUGUUCGGUAAGGGUUUUGUUUACAAAUGUAUCGUUUCCCUACAUGUCUCACAUUGUCGGUGUUCUUUACUGUUCAUUGUAAAAUAAAGCUUACUGUACUAUUGUUGCUCAUGGUGUAAAGGCUGAUCGGCUGUCCUCAGUCCGUCGGAAAGAUAUUCUUUCAUAACCAUGGAAAGUGCUGGCGUACGGUAUUUACGCACGAGUUGAACGUCAGAAAUCGAACGAGUGAGCGCAGCGAACGGUAAGAUUCUGAUACAAAACAACGAGUGCAUAAAUUGUACAACGCACUUUCCAUGUGGUAUUGUGUUUAUUAUAUACAUACUGAGGCAUUCAUCAUUUUCGCGGCCUUUUUAUUUUAAAUCUUUCAAAAAUGCUAAAUUUUGCCGCUACACACUUACCGCAAAAUGACAACGAAAACGAAGUAUCAGCUUUUGAGUAAAAACGUUUGUUAAAAACCUAAAUGAUGGUAAGGAUAUGAGGUAAUCCAAGAACUGUAAGUAAUCUUAACUGUUUGUUCUCAAUGCACAAUUGAAAAUGAGUGAAUUUAAGUAAAAUGACCGGUUUCAAAUAAGCUUAAGCUUAAAUGAAAGGCAAAGUAGCUCCGACAAAAAGCAAACAAAAGCUUACGUCUCGUUCUGUUUUUCCCUUUCCGCUGUUGUUUCGCCGGCUUUUACCGUUUUCUUUAUCGACGUUUAAACAAACGAAACUAUUCCAUUUUUUCCGAAAUGUUUUCACUUUUUUAGCGAGAAAACUCUUUGAGUAAAACUUUUCUCGUUGAAUGUGUGCGAAGCGGCGCUCCAAGCUUAAUAAAAGGCAAAUUUUCCGAAAACUCAUACACCUCUGUGGCUUCUGAUUGGACGUAUCAUUUUUCUCACACGUGAAAAAACAUCGUUCGCGAUUCUGAUUGGACGUAUCAUUUUUUUUCACGUGUGAAAACCAUCGUUCGCUCCUCUGAUUGGCUAGAACUAAUUUGCGUACGAAAAAUUACGACAUAGCUUUUUAGUGAGUAUUUCUCAGUAUGUAUAUAAUAAUAUACAGAUCGUGUAAUGCACGAUCGUUGCAUCGAAGAAGAUAAUUUUGACUGUAAACUUCAUGCGUUUCCUGAUCUCCUUGUCGCUUUUUGAAGCGUCGGCAGUCGGUGUUCCUUCUCUUCAUCGGUUUCGUUUACAGUGUAAUUGUAAUGUUUUGUCGCUGCCUCUGUUCAUGUUUGUGGUCGCUGUGUUGAUGAUGUUGCCUUCGCUGUGCUAAGCAAUGUUCUCUCUCCUUUGCGAUUUCUUGUUGUCGUCGUCUUCUUCGCUCGCGAUGAAUUUUAGUCGGCGUUCUCCAGAGGAGUUUCGGUGGAAAAUCCUCGCCGGCGAGGAUUUCCAGCCACUAGUUGUGCUUGCUGUUCUGUGUCAUUUGCAUGGCAAAUUGCUCUUGAUCGCAUGAUUCACCGAUCGUAAACAUUGUUUCACAGACGAUGAAUAAACACAUUGGCCCUUCAUGAACACAACAUGAAAGUGCGCCCAGGUCAUCAGCGGUAAAGUCUAUGUUGCCUGGAAACGCUACGUGAGGUCUUUGGCGGACACCAAGCGAUGUCUUCAAAGAAAGAUUUUGCUGGGGUUUAGAUUCUGUUAGAUUUUGUUAGCGUUAGAUUUUGCUGCUACUGUAGCAAUGACCACGCCCGGUACAUGCGCUUCGCGCGCGACCAGAUUAUAAACUCGCUUUGCUCGCGGUCCUCGGGCAACUGAUAACAGAACUGGGAGAUCGAUAUUGGUUUCUCGUUAUUGACCAUUUCACGUGUUAUUCCUGGGGUUAAUUUAUAGUCACUGUAGUGAAAACCCUGAAGGCAUUUGCCGGUGGGCCUGCACGACUUUUAACUUUUACCUCGGUUGAAAAUGAUAUUUCUUCAAUUUUUUUGACUUUCAAGCUGGUAAAUUAUGCUGUUGUGGAUUCUUGAAUUUGACAUUUGAAAAUAUUUUUGCCAGUUGCUUUACACUGAAAGAUCUGCGAUGAAGAUGGGUUUCACGCAUAUUGAUUGCCUUUGGUCUUUGCCUCUAACAGGAUUUGACCUCUGAUGCAGAGUUUUGGCAUUUUCUUUGACGUCUUUUAAAGGGUUAUAGCUUUUUACUGCGACUAAAUAACCUUUAGAUAUAGCCUGUUCCAAGCGUUCAGAUAGUGGAGAGCGGUGCAGAGUAAAGAAAGCGAUGAAAAGUAGAGGGGGACUGGGGAGAGAGGUGAGGGAACGCUUUUAAGAAUUCUUAACAAAAGUGCGUUCCGGUAUACCAGAUCCUGGUAUACCCUCUGAUUGGUUGAUUUUGACAGUUUUUGUCAACAGUGGAGCGUCUUCGAUCACAGCGAGAAAUGCGAUAUGGCCGUUAUGACAGACUCUACGUGCCGUCACGCAGAAUUCAAACUCGCAACAAACACAGCGCUGAGUGACUUUCCAAACGUGGAGGCUAAAAGCGAAGAGCAAAGAAACUGUUUAAAACACGUAGUCGGUAGGAUAAAUGUCUUAGCAAUUUCUCACCGACUGGCUUUGGAAAAAUUCUUAUUUUCCAGCUUUUUCCUCGAAUAAAGCGUGCGUUGAAAUGAAGGCAGGAUAGAAUGCCAUUUACGAUUGUUGUGGUAACUCCGUUGAUCGCCAUCAUGGAAGACCAAGUGGAAUAUUUGAACAAAAUCGGAGUAGCGGCGGCAAUGAUGGGAGAAGAUGUGGAUGAAGCCGUUAAAAAUGGAAGCUGUGAAAUUGUUUACUGAAGUGCCAAAUCGUGGUUGUCUAAUGAAUGGACAAAAGGACUUCAAAAAGGAAAGCUUGGAAAGCAAGUUGCAGCUAUCGCUAUUGACGAGGUCCACUCAAUCACCGAAUAGUAAAUUUUCCCUUCAAUUGUUGUGCAUUUUCAUUGCUUGAGUUAACGAUCUGUAUUGAAACGGCUUCCUAUCGAACUGAGCGAUAUUUGUUUGUCACUUGAUUCAUAACUUUUUCUCACGUACACGCUGAAAUCAUGUUUUAAAGCCGUAAAUAAAUUCAUUAUACAUGAAUACUUCUCUGAAAGUCUUACAUUGGGUUUUUAGUAAGAUUAUGUAUACAUAAUAUUAAGUUUUGUUCUGACAAACUUCGAUUUAUUCGCAAGAAAAAUAAUAAAUGCAUCGGGCUGUAACACCAGUCUUGAUUGACAAGUGAAGACCACCUACAGCUGAUGCGGUCUGACUGGGCGGAAGAGUCUAUUUAAAACAAAUCUAACAGGCGUUCCCUCUCUCACCUCUCCUCCUUCCUCGCUUUUAUUUUUUCGCGCUCCUUUUUACUUCGCACCGCUCCCCACUAUCUGAACGCCUGGAACAGGCUACUUUAGAUAAAGAUGUUAGUUUCUUUAGAUUUCUCCGAAGUGCCUGGAUCGGAAUAACUACAUGAUAUUUUUGUCCGCGAAUGUGAUAAAUCCCUACUAAGUUUUGUCACGCUGGGGCCCACAGUAAAUCGGCUUCGCCGCGACCUAGAUCCUCGGAACAGUUAUUCUCCUCUUUCUGUAAACAGUUUAUCCCCACCAGUAAAAAAUGUCUUUAGACUGUUGGCUACUGCAGAGGCCAGGGUGAAAUAACUCCAGCGUGGAUAGUACAGAUAGAAGCUCCGCGUCGGAGAUCGGCUCGCGCUAUCGCUAUUUAGUCCAUGCGCACGAUCAUUUCUCUUUUGCUGUAAAUGGUUCAUCUCAACGCGUUAUAAAGGGGUUCAUAGCUUCUUUUCAUAUCUGAUUUUUUUUCAUUGCGUAUGCUGCGCUUGACUACCCUUGACUCUUGAUAGGGAGCUUUAGAUGGAGGACGCGACGGCUUUUAGAACGCGGUUACCGAGCAAAAGCCUUGAAUGAGAACGGCGUUCUAAGCGCGGGAAAAAUAAGCUUUAGUUUGGCGACGCGAGGUCCGUUCGACCCGUCAGUUCAAUAUAUAUAUUUUUUUAUUUGACAAGAAUAAAAGAUAAGGUCGUGUAAUAAAGUCCAAAAUUAAAUAUGCCGUUAAUGUGCUCGGAAGAACAUAUGUACGAAGAAAAUAUGCAGCAUAAUGAUGAAUCAACCAUUUUCCUCACUCCUUUUAAAAUAGAUUUUCUCUUGUAAAGAAAAAUCCGGCCGAAUGUAAAGCAGAUUUUCGCUUGGAAAAAACUUCCAUCUGGACUUGAUUCUUCUAAAGCUACGAUUGUAUCUAAAGCGUUCGGAUUCGGAGGGCUCAUAUCUUGUUAUCCCCGAAGCUUUUUCCUCGUUUCUCGAUUUCUUGUGCCUGUUGACAAGAAUUCCCAGGUGGACACAAACCGAACGAGUGUCGGCAAUAUUUCCGUACUUCGUUGUCGUGUAGCAACGUCAUUACCAAGGUCUCUAUACAGGAUAAGGUCGUUUUCGUUAAUUCAAAACAUCAUGGGACCAAUAAAAGAUAACCACUACUUCAAGACGGAGUUAAAUUUCAGCUUAGAUUAUAAUUCUAUACAUGGAAAACAAAAAGAAAUCAUAUUCUGUUUGUUCUCAUCCAGUUCAGGGGUACGUUUGGCAAAGACAACGGUAAAAUACCGAAAACAAGAGGCUCUAAGUAGCCUAUACUCAUGCGCAUCCUCGAAAUUCCUUUGCCACCAAUGAAUUAAACAGAAUGCAGACCAAUGCAUGCCAACGACUAGCCUGUAUUAUUUUAAACUAUUCCCCAUUUUCACUCCCUUGCACGCCUUAGUGACAAUAACAGUAGUUCUAGGAACAGCUCAGAUUGCUAAAAGUCGUGUCACUUUUCAAAGUUGAUUGCAGGUUCUCAAAGAUGAGGUUCUGAGGAGAUGACGGGCUUGUUGAUCGAGAUCAGUUUGCCUGAUCUUUGUGUCCAUUCGGUCGUGCAAUGUGGUUGUUUGUCUGCCCUUUGUGUCGAUCCCCGCUCUCGUGCAAUGUGUUUGUUUGUGAAACAAAUGGGAUAUAAUAUACUUAUGCCUUUUAAUGUCAACAACUGACCUUUGGCUCCACAAUCGAAAGAGGUUUCUUCUGAUAGCAACUGCGACGUUUCGACGGAUCAACAUUCGAUCCCCGCAGUCAAGAAGCGAUGAUUAGGGGGCGACCAUGCACAUCUUAAGGGGCUUGAAACAAGGGACGGGUGUUUGAUUUCUUCAAACACGCACUGUUUUUGUUUGUAUACAAAAUAGACUGAUAUUCCAUGCAUAUAUACAUUUUAAGACUCUAAUACUUCUUUUAAAAUAUUUCCAUGAAUUUUUCAGACACAACAAAACAUUUUUCAGCUACUAUAAAUUUUUGGAACAAUCCCCUACCCCCCACCCCACGUAACGUUACAGUCAUGUGUGUAAAUGUAUGCAAGCAUAAAUUUACACGCUCUAAUGUGACACACAAAAAAAGAAACGGAGGGCAUUUUACACCUCAUGCGCUUAGUUGCGCAUGGGUAAUAAUGAAGAAACAGGCACAAUUUCUAUCAAAGAAUUUUGUUUAAAACAAGGACAAUUCAUACUCAAGUUUUCUACGCGACGCCAAAUCCCUUUGACUCGCGUUCUGGCCCGGGUUGCUCGAAGCAUGGUUAGUGCUAACCAGCGUUAAAUACCAUGGAAACCUAUACAUUUUGAUACCUCUUAACCAACGGUUAGCGCUAACCAGGCUUCGAGCAACCGGCCCCUGUACGCUUCACGACGCGUCAAAUUUGUACGAUCAAGCAUGCGCAGGAAGCCUUUUCUGUGAACAAUUACCUCCAGCGGCGUCGCAGAUCCGUCGCGUCCUCGGUCUAAAGCUCCCUUUGUACCGUGAUUGGGUAUGCCAUAAGUGGAAAAGCUCUGGACUGUUAGAGUUUGAUUUACAGCUCGGCUGUAAAUUGCAGGGUUAAAUAAAGGUGUUGCAUGUAUGUAUGUAAGACAGCUUUGUGAUUUGUUUUUCUUUUCAGGUUUUUGACAAACGUUGCAGGUGUAUUUGCUCUUUCAUCCUUCUUGUCACCAACAUCAGCUGUCUUUGAAAAAAUUAGAAGAGACUUUGAGCUGAAUAAAGACAAGCAAUUUCCUCCACUAUGGAUGUGGCAUGGGGAUGUUGAUACCAACAGACUGAGAUGGGCCUCACACACAGCUGAGAAUUUUACAGACUUGGAAAUUAAGACUGAUUUCCUAGUGAACUUUUCUCGUCAAGGACAUGAAAUCUUACCAGUGGAAUUGUUCUACUUGAAAGAAUGGGUUGAGAAAAUAAUUCCCAAUCCUGAACAAGGAAACCAAUGAGUAUUUAAACUGUUUCUAUCUAUGAAUAAAUUCACAAGGC